AUGACACACUGCGCCAAAUGUAAGCUAUGGAUGCCACAAGGGUCGUUGGUGCAACGCAUCUUCGACUGCGUCUUUCAUUUGGACUGUUUUACUUGCUCUCGUUGCAACUGGCGACUGCAGUUCGGCGAAUACAUUGCAUUUGCUGAAGGUGAGGUAUACUGUGCCUGGCAUUUUCCACAUCUCCUACCUUCUGCGUCGGCGCAACCAUCGUCGAAGCUUUCUGGAACACCGUGGAGCGAUCCAGAGCAAACAAACGCCGACUCCAAUGAAAAUUUAAUCACGGACGAAGUCUUCGAUGGGGGUCAACAACGGCAGCGAUCCUCUUCAAGAUCUGCCUCUGCUAGCAGCGGUCGUCAACAGCGGUCAAAGAGAGUUCGUACUAGUUUCACUCCGCAGCAGAUUGCGGUACUGCAAGCCAGUUUCAAAACAGUGUCGAAUCCCGAUGGACAGGAAUUGGAACGAAUUGCUCAAGCUACAUGCCUGACUAAACGCGUUACCCAGGUAACCUUUUAUUAG